AUGGGUCUUAAACUAUACAGCGUGUCAGAUGGACCUCCAAGUUUGGCCGUUCGAAUGACCCUGAAGGCGUUGGACAUUCCAUUUGAACUGGUCGAAGUAGAUUUUGCUGCAGGAGCACACAUGACUGAAGAAUAUGACAGGAAAAAUCCACAAAAAGAAAUUCCUGUCUUGGAUGACGAUGGCUUCUUUUUGAGCGAAAGCAAUGCUAUUAUGCAGUAUCUUUGUGACAAAUAUCGUCCAGAGAGCUCGCUGUACCCAAAAGAUCCACAAGCCAGAGCACUGGUCAAUCACAGACUAUCAUUCAACUUAUCCACAUAUUAUAAAUAUAUUAUGGAAUAUGUUAUGGCGCCAAUAUUCUUUGGAUACGAACGAACUGCACUCGGAUUGAAAAAAGUGCACAUUGGACUUAGAUGCUUUGAAGAAUAUUUAAGCAGAUUGGGUAAAAAAUACAGCGCUGGUGAUGACUUAACUCUUGGUGAUAUUCAAUUUGCUGCUGCUACUAUGUGUUUAGAAGCCAUCGGUUUCAGUUUGGAGAAUUAUCCCAAGGUAUCGGCUUGGUACGCUACUUUCAAGAAAGAGCAGCCUCAGCUUUGGGCGAUCGCCGAUGCGGGCAUGCAAGAAGUUAGACAAUUUAAUGCCAACCCGCCCGAUCUCGGACACUUGAAUCAUCCGAUACAUCCUAAGAAAAUAAUCGAGAAAAAGUAA